ACAACAUCAACCCAUCUGAGCUCUACGAUUCUGGUGUGAUUCACACCCGCCGCCUUCUUCCGUGACUCCACGGAUCCAGACGGCAACAUGUGGUCCCUGGGUUUGACACGACCACAGCCUGUUUGCCUUGGGAAGUUUAUGGAGCAAAGAGAAGGGAGUGGAUCUGGAGGAAGAGCAGGAGGAGGAGGAGGAAGUUGGAUGCACUGUCAGACGCUGUCAGCAGCAGAGCGGCGGAGUUCUGUGUCAACCCUGCCAGAGGAACAUGUUCUGCGAAGGAAAAGGCUGGAACAUGAGCACAUAAGGAGACGGAGACGCUUCAAAGUGGGGGAAUCUUGAUCAGCCGUGAAGACGCACAGCUGUAGAGUGAGGGAUUUGAAGAUGUGGGCAUUAAUGGGAGCGAUCUAUCUGUGUCACUGCGUCGCCGGGCAGCUGCUCGAGUCCAAGCUGAAAGGAGCCCCUCGACUGGUCUGCAGCGUCCCCGGGUCGCCUGGCCCACCCGGCAAACUGGGUCCCGGCGGGCCGCCGGGAGCAGAUGGGAAUGUUGGAAUUCCAGGAAGAGAUGGCAGAGAUGGCCGAAAGGGGGAAAAGGGAGAAAAGGGUGAUACAGGGGUGAAGGGCAGAGUUGGCCCGACGGGGAAAAUUGGAGAGCGAGGUGAACGCGGCCCCGCGGGAAAACGAGGCCCCGCGGGAGACAACGGAGACGCGGGGCCUCCUGGACCUGCUGGCCGCGAUGGAGAUAAAGGCGAUAAAGGCGAGCGGGGACCCCGUGGAACUGCGGGAACGUGCAAAUGUGGCAGCCUGCUACCUAAAUCUGCCUUCUCGGUGGGAAUAACCAGCAGCUACCCCGCAGAGAAGACCCCCAUCAAGUUCAACAAGGUCCUCUUCAAUGAAGGCGGACACUACAACCCCCAGACAGGGAAAUUCAUCUGCGCAUACCCAGGCGUCUAUUAUUUCUCCUAUGACAUUACACUGGCCAACAAACACCUGGCUAUCAGCCUGGUGCAGAACGGUCAGUACCGCAUUAAGACCUUCGAUGCCAACACAGGAAACCACGACGUGGCGUCUGGUUCCACCGUCAUGUUCCUGAACCCCGAAGACGAGGUGUGGAUGGAGAUCUUCUUCAGUGAUCAGAACGGUUUAUUUACGGACCCCAGCUGGGCUGACAGCUUGUUCUCUGGGUUCUUACUCUACGCAGACACAAACUACUUUGACACACUGGCAGCGGACUAUGCGUAGAAAACCCAGAGAACAAGGCAGAACCGCAAACUGUUUGCUACUGAUAUUAUCACUCAAUCAGAACACGUUUGGUGUGAACAAACUAUAUAUUUUGUUUUAUUUACAUGUUUGUCCUACUAUGGGAUUAGUGAAGUAUUCAUUUAACAUUGCGGAAAUCUGAUGAAGCUUCAGGUGACUUAUUUGAUUCCGGUGAAAAAAUGGAUUUAAAUAAAAAUUCCAAAUAAUUCAAGGUGUGAAUUUGUUUAGGAAAGAAAAAGACAUUCUAACCUUCCGUUUGGGAGACAUUUUCUACUCUGAUUUUGGCUGAGAUUCUUCUAUAUUCAUGAAGAAUUUUUUUGAAACUAUUUGUUAUUUUCUAAAAUAAAGUAAAGAAAUCCUACAGCUUCAAUUAUGGACAACCCUGACCAUAGUCUUUACGAGACAGAGUGCUGCAGUACAGACUGCUACAGGAGAAUGCCACUGAUUCAUUCAUGAUUGUUCAACCCUCUAGCAAAGUCUCAGUUUGUGAUCCUUAUUCAUGUUCUCUGAGUUAGUCACCUCGGGUGUCCUCUAUGAUCUCCAGUGGAUUAAAGGCUGCUUGCUUUGGGAUGGUUAAAAAAAAACAAAACAAAAAAACCCCACUGAACACCAUGUACAGACACAGCUGCUAAAGCUGCAUAUCUGCUCCAUUCAAAUUUCAAAUCUGUAAAUCCUAAUCCUGGUCAGUUGGGAUGGCUUUAAUCUGUAUCCCGGAACAUAAACGCUGUAACCAGUUAAGAUUGCUUUGAAUAAGGUUUUGAUGUGAGCUUUAUUCACU